CCGCAUAGUUAUUACAAUAUAAUAUUAUAUUUUCCGUUUGCGUCUGCAACAUUACAACAAAAGUAAAAAAAAUCACAAGUUUUUAACGCAUUUACAGAAAAACAGUUAUGGGUGUCGACGUAGAAACAUUAACACCUGGGAAUGGUACUACAUAUCCAAAACCAGGUCAAACUGUUGUGGUACAUUACACUGGAACAUUAACAGAUGGAAAGAAAUUCGACUCCUCAAGAGAUCGUGGUCAGCCCUUCAAAUUUACAGUCGGUAAAGGCGAUGUUAUUAAAGGCUGGGAUCAAGGAUUAACAAAGAUGUCAGUAGGAGAGAGAGCAAAAUUAACAUGCUCACCCGACUUUGCAUAUGGAUCAAGAGGCCACCCUGGUAUCAUACCCCCCAACGCAACAUUAAUUUUUGAUGUAGAGUUAUUGAGUGUUGAAUAAUCUACUUACAAAUUUUAUAUUUAUUUUAGCUUUAAGAUUCUUAAUUAUUCUUCUGAUAAUUUUGAAAUUUACUUAACAAAGACUCUUUUUAAGGUUCCGUACCCAAAGGGUAAAAACGGGACCCUAUUGCUGAGACUUUGAUUUCUGUCCGUUUUUCUCCAGGCUGUAUCUCAUAAACUGCUAGCUAC